UUUGUUUUUCUCACUAACGCCAUUCCUGUCCACCUCUACGAACAACAACAAAAAAAUAUCAAAAACAAAAACCUAAACCACAUCCUUAAAACAAAAAUUCCCUCUCCGGAUCCACACAUAAAUUUUCAUUCACAGAACACUAUCACCGAUGAAGGACGUGAAGCCUAUAACAGUCUAAUUGAACGAAAGUCUUCAAUGACAUUCAUUAGUAAGUUGGAUACUAAUGAAUUCGAAAUGACCACUGCUAAGACGCUACCAAGGAGAUCAGUCCACUUGAAGAAUGAAGUUGAUGUCCUUGCGAUGGAGACAAGUUUGAGAAAUCAGCAGGGUCAGUUGACGGUGCCACUGCAAGAAGCCCCGCGACCAAUGACCCUACCCAAUCGGGGAUUCAAUGGAAAGCUGAGGAAGAGUGAACUCAUAACAAAUCCGAAGUUCUUCCCUUUGAAACAGAGACCCAGGACAUUGGCUGGGGAGAAUGAUGAAAAUUCUCCAGUCAACAGUAAUAGUUGUGGCCAGGCGAUAGCAGGUGGUGAUAAGGAGUGUGAAAGUCCCAGCUAUCUGACGAAUACUUUUUACACCUUCCCCGAAAAGAACGGAGAGAAGGCCACGUCGAGUGCCGAUCAUGCAGAUAGUUCCAGCUCAAAUGUCAUUCCUCUGCCACCGAGAGACAGAAACAAAGUUAUCAAAACCAAUCCCAAACGUCAUGUGCGCAAACAUCCACUUAUAAUUCCAGCCUAUGGUGUUCAAAGGACUUUGAAUAAAGUCACCGAAAUAACACCCGAUGAUGACCCUAAAAUUCCUUUCCCUGGAACUGAUAGAAGCCACUCUCUGACGGGUGACGCACACAGGAAUUCGGGUAUAAAUUUGAGGAAGUUCACACAUGAAGCUGUCAGCGCAGUUGUUCGUCCAACGAGUAGACACUCAGAUUCGUUUGAGAAGCCGAAUGAAUCGAGAACCUACCAGAACUUGCAGGAAGUCCACCGAGACAUGAAUGAGAACAACACACAUUCUGAUUCUCUAAAAUUUGAGUCCAUUGUUGAAGAUGGUUGUCACAACUUGGGAUCACCUGAUGUCACGGAUGGUUUCUAUAAUUUCUCCAUUCAAAAGGAGCAAUACAACAAAUCCAAGGAGGUCGACUUUGAUAGUACAAAAAUAUCGGGACUCUAUGUGAACGAAGAUGAGCUUCGGAACUUGGACAUCGAAAAGAAAACUGUCGUCCCCUAUGUGUCUCCGAAGACAACUAGCGCAAGCAGUAGCAGCAGUUCAGUUUCGAUUGCAGUCGCUAAACCUAUAGCAGCUGUGGCGACAACCUCAAGUGGUAGCACUGGCAAUGAAUUGGCAGGUCACGCACUCUUCAACAAAAUCCGAGAGAGCGUCGACAUGGCUAUGAAUAGGUCACAAACCAGCGAUGGUAGUCGUCAUAGCAGUCGUCCUGGCAGUAAGCACGAAAGCGUCGUCCUUGAGAGUUCAAAUGAGGUUGGUCAAGAGGAAGAUGCUUCACCUCAGGGAGCGUUGGUUAAAGACUCGAAUUCCGUAAGCUGUGAGGAUCUGCUUGAGUUUUCAGAUAAGAAGCCUAAGGGAUGCGAACGUGGCGUUGACUCCGAUGAAGUGAGAAUAAUGAUGAAAGUCUUAGGAAAAGAGAGUACACCACCGAGGUGCCUUCACGUUCUUGAAUUCAUCGAAUGGGAUGUUCACAAAGCAAUAAAACUCAUCAAACUUCAAAACAUCCUUUCUGGAAUGGAAUUAAGUCUAACAGAGUCUGUUGAAGCUUUACAAAAGUCCGACUGGGAUCUUCAAAUAACCGCCAUGAAGUUGAAAGGUCAUAAAUGAUUACUGAUAGUCGGACCGCUGUUUUCUUUUUUAGUCUCUAUACAGUCACAAACUCAUCACGACUUCCACUGAGCAUUUCUUUUGGCAAAUAUCGAUUUCUUUUCCUUAAUUAUCUUUCAAUUAUAUUUUGAAUUUGAAAACCUUUAAAAAAUUAAUAAUAAUUUUGUAUCUCGUUUCAUAAAUUACAUGACAAAUUUUUGAUUUCUUUUCUAUCGAAGUCUGAAUCUCGAUUAAGUACUUAUUUAGCUGUAAAAAGUAUGUUAACAUAUAUUUUUUUUAAUAAUUAAUAUUUGAAUUAAUUCUCACAAAACAAAAAUAUUAUUAUAAUAUUUAAAGAGAUUUUAUAUUGUGUUUAAACUUUAACUUACAAAAGAAAAAAGUAUAAAAAUCGAACAAACUCUAUUUUACUUUUUUUUACAAUUUUCUUAUUAUGUUUUAAUCUUAUUAAAUUGUUUGUUUUAUUUUCUGUAUUUUUUAAUUUAACAUUUUUAUUAUUGAAAAUAUUUUGUAAAAUAAAAAUUUAUUUUUUAUAAAACUAAUUGACUUAUUUAAGAACUAAAUACAAAACAAAAAGAUUCUACAUUUAUACCUUUUUUCCAAGAAAAUUUAAUAAAACCUAUUUUGAUAUUGAUUAAAAUUUCCAAAAA